AUUUACACUCAUGUCUCUCGGUCGUUUCCUUUACCCUGCACUCUCCAGUCGGGUUCUUUUUGUCUUUGAAUAAUUCUACCUCAUGUAUUUCUACAACCCUGCUACAAUAGAGUCGACCUGACCGCGCCGCCCGAUGCGGCCCUUGCUGCGCUUCGAGCGCUGCGUCGUUGGCCCAAGAAACUGGGCCCAGCUCGCCUUCCGGAUCCCCCGACGUCAACAGACCUUUUGCAGAUGGACGACGCGAAAGUACAGUCUCAAAGACCCCCGACAGAGGCAGAGGCAGCGUUUCUCUUCUCCUCUCCUCGCCGCCGCCACCGCGGGCCUGUCCUCGGUGGCCUUUGUCGAGAUCAGCGAGAAUCACGAUGAUGAUACGGGAAAAACGAGCGAGAUGCAGAUGCUGGAGGUGUCCCGAAGAGAGAUCAGCAAAAAGGUCCCCGAGGACGCUCGCGGUUUACGACGGGUGUACAAGAGCAUAAUAUAUUUCCUGGACCAGUACAUCUACGAACCCCUCGCCACCGGCGUCCGCUUCCUCUACCUCGCCGUCGUCUUCGUCCCGGUUUUGGCCACCGCCCCGAUCGUGUUGGUGGGCUCGCGGAGGAAAGAUCGCGACAAUGAAAGAAGUGGCACGAUCUGGUGGUAUGGGUUUUUGGUCAGCGCGAUGGAAAGAGCCGGGCCGGCCUUCAUCAAGUUGGGUCAGUGGGCGGCUUCGAGAUCUGAUAUAUUCCCCGCCGAGAUGUGCAAAGUCAUGUCCACACUCCACUCCAACGCUCCGGCUCAUUCGCUUCACCAUACAAAAAAGACAAUCUGCGCUGCCUUCGGUGGAAGGAAGUUUGACGAAAUAUUUUUGGAGUUUGACGAAAAACCGUUGGGUGUCGGUGCCAUCGCCCAAGUGUACAGGGCGAGACUGAAGCCCGACCUGGCCAAAGCCGACAACAGCGAGCUCGAACACCACGACGGCGAACGCCUGAGCCAUCGGAUCAAGAAGAACGUCAAUGCCCUUGUCAAAUCGACGCCGCAGAGGAUACCGUCGGCAUACGUCGCCAUCAAAGUUUUGCACCCCAAAGUCGAAAGAAACGUGCGGCGUGAUCUCAAGAUCAUGGCCGUCUUCGCGUCCAUCAUCAACGCCAUCCCAACACUAGAAUGGCUGGACUUGCCGAACGAGGUGGCCAAUUUUGGCGAGAUGAUGAGAUUACAGUUGGACCUCCGGAUCGAGGCUGCUAACUUGACCAUUCUUCGCAAACAUUUCCAGAACCGCACAACCGCAUGGUUUCCUCAUCCUUACACAGACUUCACCACCCGCAAUGUGCUUGUGGAAGAAUUCGCUCAAGGGAUCCCCCUUGCGACAUUCUUAGAAUCUGGAGGUGGCGUGUUUCAGCAAGAGAUUGCAAACGAAGGCCUCGAUGCUUUCCUACAUAUGCUUUUGAUAGACAACUUUGUGCACGCCGAUUUACAUCCGGGCAAUAUCAUGGUCAACUUCUACAAACCCACACAACCCGACGUCAAGUUACCAUAUGUGUCACGACAAGAUCCAACACAGCCCUCAACAGCAACGGAGAUUGACCAGUCCGAAGCAGUUCUCUCCCGACUUCGCCCUCAUGUGGGUAAGAAGCAGGAGUGGUUGAACGCACUUGAUGAGAUCGAUAGAGAAGGCUACAGACCACAAUUGAUCUUUAUCGACACGGGACUCGUCACGGAACUCAACGCGAAGAAUCGGACCAACUUUCUCGAUCUUUUCCGAGCCAUAGCAGAAUUUGACGGCUACAGAGCAGGAAAGUUGAUGAUCGAAAGGUGUCGGCAGCCUGAUGCAGUCAUCGACGGGGAGGUGUUUGCUCUCAAGAUGCAGCAUCUCGUGUUGGCGGUCAAAGGGCAAACUUUCGCACUGGGUCACAUCAAGAUCGGCGAUGUCCUUUCCGAAGUCCUCAGCAUGGUGAGGUCACAUCAUGUCAGGAUGGAAGGUGACUUUGUCAACGUGGUCAUCUCGAUUUUGCUGCUCGAGGGCAUUGGUCGGACACUUGACCCGGACCUUGAUCUUUUCAAGAGCGCGUUGCCCAUCUUGAGACAGCUGGGUUCUUCGGAUCCUGGGGCGGUCCUUAAAAGUUUCAAGGAAGGAGACUUUUCAUUGUUGAAGAUAUGGGUCGGACUGGAAGCGAGGCGCUUCUUCCAGGCAAGUGCCGACAGUGUCGAGAUGUGUGUAAAAUACGACUUGCUCAGUCCCAACUUUUGAGAAUUAAUGAUACAGAGUACCCGUAUGAAUAUAAAUAUACAUAUAAAUACAUUAUG